UGGCGGCGCGAAUUCGGCUUGUACGGCCUCAUCACCCAUGAACACGUCGAACCCGAGGCAACGACAGGAAAGGAGGUACUGUUCGGAUACGACGUCGACGGGCGACCAGCUCUCUACCUGCGUCCGAGCAGACAAAACACGGGGGAGUCGAUCCGUCAACUGCAUUUCCUGACGUGGACGCUCGAACGCUGCGUGGACCUCAUGGGUCCGGGAGUCGAGAACAUCGCGCUCAUGGUAGACGUCUCCGACCGGGCCAAAAUGCCUUCCAUCUCACAGUCCCGUGCGACUGUCAACAUUCUUCAGAACCACUACCCAGAACGCCUCGGACGCGCCCUCAUCACGAACGUACCCUUCCUCGUUAACGCGUUCUUCCGAAUUAUCACGCCGCUGCUUGACCCCGUCACUCGCGAAAAGAUGCGCUUCAAUCCCGCGUGCAUCAAGGACGGCCUCUUUACGCCCGAGAUGCUCAUGAAAGAGUGGGGCGGCGCUCGGGAGUUCGAGUACGACCACGAGCAGUAUUGGUCUGCGCUGGUGAAGAUGUGUGACGAGAGGCGGAUGCGCAUGAUGGAUGCGUGGAGAUCUCAGGGAAGUACGGUCGGGAUCAAGGAGUGCGCUAUAGACAGUUGGUGCGCGCGUCCUGGAUCACGAGCGUGCGAGAAAUGA